AUGCGACGCGCUCACCUGGCUGCCGUCGAUCGUGUACAUUGCGCGCGCCGGUGUGUGGGGGCGUUGUCAUCGCGCGUGUGCGGACGCGGCGUCGGGCGCGCGGUUACUGGCGGCGGCGGCGCGGCCGUGCCGCCGUACUGCGCCGGCGCAUGUACGCUCGGCGGCACAGUGAAGGGGAGCGGGGCGGCGAGAUCCGGGUUGCGCGCCCACUGCAACGCGCCGCGGCCCCCAAACGAGCGCGCGGCCGGCCCCCGCCGCGAGCGCAACACUCCGACGCAUCCGAUCCGUGUGUCGCGC